AUGGCCCCCUCGGUUGUCGGUCUCAAGAAGAAGGGCGUCGCCAAGACCCAGCCCCACAAGUUCUACAUCGACUACUCGGGCCCCGCCAACGACAAGAUCUUCGACGCUGCCGCGUUCGAGAAGUACCUCGUUGAGCACAUCAAGGUCGAGGGCAAGACUGGCCAGCUCGGCGAGAACGUCAAGCUCCAGCGUGAGGGCUCGGGCAAGCUCUCCGUCACCUCGUCCAUCCCCUUCUCGAAGCGCUACCUCAAGUACUUGACCAAGCGCUUCCUCAAGGCCAACCUCAUGCGCGAGUGGCUCCGCGUCGUCUCGACCGGCAAGGACACCUACACCCUCAAGUUCUACAACCUCUCGUUCGACAAGGCCGGCGAGGAGGAGGCUUAA